AUGUCUUCUGUUAAUCAUAAACCAUCUACAGCUGGUAUAAUUGUUAUUGGAGAUGAAAUACUAAAAGGACAAACAAUUGAUACAAAUUCAACCUUUAUUUGCCAACAUUUAUACACAUGGGGUGUCCAGGUGAAAAAGAUCUCUGUGGUUAGUGACGAGUUAGAAGAGAUAGCGAAAGAAGUGAAAGAGUUUUCUGAAAAAUAUACCCAUGUUGUUACCUCUGGUGGAGUAGGACCAACUCAUGAUGAUUUGACAUUUGAAGGUGUAGCAAAAGCAUUUAAUGAGAAGACCCUACCUCACCCAGACCUUGUCCAACUUAUUAAACAAUAUUUUGGGACUGAUGAUUUACUAUCACCGAAAAUGAAAAUGGCUUAUGUUCCAGAGUCAGCUAAACUUCAAUAUGGUGAGAGUAAGAUUAGUGGAAAGAGAACCAAAUAUCCAAUGGUGUCAACACAUAAUGUUUACAUGUUUCCAGGGAUUCCAUCUUUAUUGGAAGGUGCCUUUGUUCUAUUUGAGGACAUUUUUCGUGAUCCAAACGUGAAAUUUUUCUCAAGAAGAAUUUUUAUUGAUACAGAUGAGAUCACAGUUUCUAGUAUUUUACAAGAUAAUUUCAAUAAAUAUAAAGAAAGUGUCAGUUUAGGGUCAUAUCCUGAUCUUCAUAAUUCCUACUUCAAAGUGAAACUUAUUCUUGAGUCUCAAAUUGAAGAUAAAUUAAAUUCAGCUUGUGAAGAACUGAAAUCAGCUCUACCUCAAGGCUCUGUGGUUAAAUAUGAUGAAAAUCCAUUAAUCGAUGCAAAUGAGAAAAUCCAUGAGUUAUUGAAGUCGGAAAAUGGUUCAGAAUUUGCUAAAAAGUUGGAGAAAUCUCUCCAUACUAUUGAGAAGGCUCUUGAACGUUACAGUUUUGAUGAAAUUUGUGUGGGUUUUAAUGGUGGAAAGGAUUGUACUGUCUUAUUACAUUUAGUUUAUGCAGCUGUAAAACGAAAAUAUCCCUCAAUAGACAAAAAGUUAAAAUCACUUUAUAUCAGAAGUAAGCUACCAUUUCCUGAAGUUGAAAAGUUUAUUCAAAUUGCUAGAGAUAGAUAUAAUCUAAAUGAACUAAUGUAUUAUGGUAGAAUUAAAGAUUGUAUGGGAGAACUGAAAAAUCAACAUCCGGAAAUCAAAGCUGUUUUUAUGGGAACGAGAAACACUGAUCCUUAUUCUAGCCAUCUUGAGGAAUUUACUAUGACUGAUGCUGAUUGGCCACAGUUUAUGAGAGUAAACCCUAUAUUAGAGUGGUCGUAUGAUGAUAUAUGGAAGUUUUUAAGAGGAUUGUGUGUAUCGUAUUGUAGUUUAUAUGAUCGUGGCUAUACAUCUUUAGGCAGUAUGAACAAUACCCAUCCUAACCCUACACUACAGUAUAUAGAUUAUAGAGGAAUAGUCUGUUAUAAACCAGCUCAUCAGUUACAAGAUAAUCAACUAGAAAGAGAUGGACGGAAUGUGUAA